UGUCAAAACACCCGCAGUUGUACACAUCGCAUCGCAGCGCUGCAUCAACAAAAAUCCUCCGCAUCAGCACGAAAAGCACCUUAAUUUUUACGAGAAAAAGUUUUAUCAAAUCACACAAGAACCGAAAAUGGUAUUCGCCAAGUCGUGGGAAGACUUCGAGAUCGCCGCCGAGAACAUGUACAUUGCCAACCCGUGCCAGUGUCGGUUCACACUGAAGUACACCCACCAGAAGACGGCCGUCGUCCUGAAGCUGACCGACAACGCCAAGUGCGUCCAGUUCAAAACCGAGGUGCUGUCCGAUCUGAAGAGAAUAGAGAAGUUCACCGGCAAUCUGAUGUGGCUGAUGGCGUCCAAGGAACAGUGAUCGGAUUCAGGGAAGGGGUCACAAGUCGGAAUCCGUUCCAAGUGGGACCAUUUGGGGGUGUUCGUUCGUUCUUUUUUUGUAGGAUAAGUGUGGAUUUUUUUUCUCUGUUGCCGAGUGCAUGUGAUGGGAUGAAAUAAUGGAUUUUACGCGAGAAAUAUAGAUUCCGUACAUGUGCAAAAGUUU